AAAAGGCAAAUAUAUAUAGUGUUUUAGUAAAUAUCCUUUUUCAUAUUUGUUAAUUUUGCUUUAAAAGAUAGGAUUUAUUUUGCUUUAUUUUUCUAGAUUAUCAAGGUACUUAAGUUUGAUUAUUAGAUUAAGUUAUGUAGUUCAUAUAGACUUUAAAGAAUAAACAGCUCUUACCAACUUCGUUAUUAAAAAAUACUAAAAUAAAAUCAAAAUGGAUUUGCUUAAAUAUUGAAAUCCUAAAAAUUAAGAGCUAAUUGUCCUUAUGGAUUGAGUAAAAUGAGUUAUGUUAUAUUUAUUUAUUUAGCUUUCCAAUUUAAUACUAUUUUAUAAAUUACCAACACAUUAAAAUUUGAAUAUUAGAUUAAAAUAAAUAAGUAGCUCAUUUAGAUUUAAAAAAAAACAGAUAUUACCAAUUUCACUUUAAAAAAAACCAAAGUAAAAUAGAAAAGGAAUAGUUUAUUUAUUGAGAUGGUAUAAAAUAUUCCUUAGUAAUCCAAAUUUUAGUGGGCAAUAUAAUAAAUAACCAAAAUAGAAAUCUAUUAUUAUAAGUUAAAAAUUGUAUUUAAUACAGACUAAUACAAAUUUUAAUGUCAAAAUUUAUUAUUCAUGUAUGAUAUAAUAACAAAAUUUAAAAAUCUGGGCAAAAUUAAUCAGAAGAUGACAUAGUGAAAUCAUAAGAAACACAACGUCAGCAUCUUAAUUCAAUUUAAAGUACUCAUAUACUAGAUAGUAUAUCAAUUAAUGAUUCAUUAUCAUACACUAACGAAGCAAUCAAUUAUUACUUUUAAUGUUAAAUAUCUUAUUUACUGAUCUCUCCUUAGGAUUUUAGUAUUCAAAGGUCUGGUAUUUAUCUACAUUUUUGUUUGGUUAAAAUAAUAAUGUCCAAUAUAUUAAAAUAACCAACAAUAAAUAGUACCAUCUAAAACAACCAAAAAAGUAUAAUAUAAUAAUAAAAAACUAAAAUUUAAAACUACAAAAAAAAAAAGAAAAAAAGAAAAAAAAAUGAUAAGUUUUCUUCUCUCAACAUUAACAGAAGACUAAAAUUAUUUUUCAGAUUUGAAAAUUUAUGAAAAAUUCCCUUAUUUAAAAGAAGAAAAAUCAAUAUUUAAUGAAUAAGUUUAACAGCUUUGCCAUUAAUAUUCUGAUAAAAUAUAUGAAGAGGAGUAAGUUUAACUUUAGACUGGUAAUUUUAACUUAGACUGCCUAGGAAGCCAUUUAACUUAAUCAAUUAAUUCAACUGAUUAAACUAGAUUGUAAUAAUAAUAUCUUGGAUUUCCUAGAUUUAAGCAAAUAGAAUAAAAAACUGACUCUACGAAUGCGGAUAAUACAUUUGAAAACUAAUAAGACAAAAGCCUUAAUCUUAACUCAUAAGAGCUGAUUGAUUCACCAGAUAGAUAUAAUGGCAGAGUGUAUGAAGGUGAAGAUGCUUAACAUUCUUUAAAUAAUUCUUAAGAGUAAAACUAAUUAGAUUAUCUAAAUGAAAGAUGUAAAAGAUCAAAGAGAACACAAAUUAAUCCUGAAUAAAUGGAACAAAUUAAAAGGUCACAGAUAAGUGGAAAUGAGCAAGAAUUAACUGAAGAAACUAAAGGCAUAAUAAAAGAAGGAAUUCUAAGUUCACUAUAAUAAAUUGUGUCAACUAAAUUGUAAGGUUUUUUAAUAUCAAAUAAAAAUCCUAUGUUUUAUGGUUUAGAUGAUUGUUUAAUUGAUCUAAACUAGAUAAAAUAAGGAUACGAUGGUAGAAUUACUUACAAAAAUAAACAACAAUUGUAAACAGUUACCUUUUUAAUAUCUGGCUAUUUAACUUAGGAUCUUAAAGCCUCAGAAAACUUUUAAAUAUUAACUAAUACUAAGAAUAAAGAAUCUUAAGAAAAUUUGUUUAUUUUCUACAAAUGGUCAGACAGUAGACUUUUCAAAAUUUUAGAUAAAUUUUUAAAUAAUAUUAUGCACAAUUAUGAACCUGAAAUUUAUCAAGACUAUUUAAAAGAAUUGUUAGAUAGUUGUUUAUAGGCUUGUUUUAACGAUGUUAUAAUAAAAGGCAUUUAUUGGCUGUUAGAGUUACUCAAUAUGUGCAUCAAAUAAGUCGGACCAUCUUUCUUUUUAAAUUAAGUUAGAGUACUUAAAACAUUUCUUGAUACAACAAUUGAAGACUUUUAAGUUGCUUAUGAAUAGGCUAAAAAUGGUGGCACAAUUUUAGCUGAAAAUAUAAACAAUCUAAAAUUAAUGAGAAAAUUAAAUAUAGAUUUUAUGGGUCACAGCUUAGGAGCAGUAGUCACUGCUUAUGCGGUGAAAAAUUUAUCAAUGUCUGCUAGAUAUUUAAUGCUUUUUGGAGGAGUUGCAACAGUCAAAGAAAUUCAAGACUAUUCCAAAAAGUUUUAAAUGUGCUAUAACUUCUAUUCUGAAAACGACACUGUGGUUAAAACAGGUCUAGUAAAAGCAAAGGUCGUUGGCGAUCAAAAAUUUGUAGGAACAAUACCAUUUAGUUUUAAUAAUCAAAUUUUCAAUUUAAAUACAAAAAUUGAUCAUCUUGAUUAUAUGAAUAAAUAUUAAGAGUAUUAUAAUCUUGCAAUGGAGUAAUUUAAAUCACCUUCUAAUAGAUUAGACUAACCUGAGAAAAUAAAUUUCAUGAAAUUUGGAUUAGGAGAAUUAUUACUUUAUUUAUUACAAGAUAAACCUAAAGAUAAAUAAGUAUCUAUAUUUUAUCUGUUUGUUCUCUACAUUUAUUAAUUAUUUUUAUGA